AUGUGGGUUGUUCUGGUCUUGCUGCUCGCCUUCUCCGGGAGUUCUCUGUCUCAAGACAAACUAAAUAUGUGUAUGGAUGCCAAACACCAUAAAGUAAAACCUGGCCCAGAGGGAAAGCUUUACCUUCAGUGUAAGCCAUGGCGUCACAAUGCAUGUUGCACAGCAAAUACCACUGCUGAAGCCCAUGAAGAUAACUCCUAUCUGUACAACUUCAACUGGAACCACUGUGGUGCGAUGAGUUCCAAGUGCAAGAGGCAUUUCAUCCAAGACACUUGCUUCUAUGAAUGCUCGCCACACUUAGGGCCUUGGAUACAAGCGGUGGAUCAAACCUGGCGCAAGGAGCGAAUCUUGAAUGUACCUCUGUGUAUGGAGGACUGCCAUGAGUGGUGGGAGGACUGCAAAAAUGAUGUGACAUGUAAGACGAACUGGCACAAGGGAUGGGACUGGAGCUCAGGUAGUAACCAAUGCCCCGAAGGCAGCAAGUGCAGAAAGUGGACUGAUGUCUACCCAACGCCCAAAUCCAUGUGUGAAGAAAUUUGGUCAAACUCCUACCUUUAUACGAGGCACACCAAAACAUCAGGGCGGUGCAUGCAGCUCUGGUUCACUGGACCAAACCCCAACACAAAGGUCGCUGAGUAUUACAUCAACAAUGCUCAGCAACCUCAUAGUUUUUCAUUCGCAUGGCUUCUCUUCCUGGCUACAUCAUUUAUUUCUACACUGUUCUAAGAAGGAGAGUACAUUUUCCUUGCCUGUACCGCUUGGUUCUAGAUCAAUCAAUAAAAUUGAUUUCAACUAC